UAUUGCGUACGCUCUCCUCUUUCUUAUUCCCACUGCUCGUUUCCCUUGCCUUCACCACCGCUCAUCUCAUCAAAAAAGCACCUGAACCUAUUCCUCCUCCAGCAAACGUUUUCCUCCGCUUCAUCUUCCUCUUAAAUUCCCCGUCCGCUGCUUCUUGCCCCGUAAUCUUUUCCUAGAAAUCUACUACAAAUUUCCCUCACAAUCUUUCCACACACAACGAAGGGAUGUCCCUCAUGAAGCAUGUUUUUGUCAUUGACAUGCUGCAGCAGCAAUUGAUAGCUCUAAUGUGUCAUACCUCUUCCUUGAGUCUUUCAGGUCUGGAACAAAUGAAACUUUAAUUUGGCAGCUUAAGAUCGUAGAACUUGAGAUUUAAUAGUUUUUUAAGCAGAGAAUUAUUCGCUUUCAUUGGAAUUGCAUGAAAUGGCAGAAAUCUUCAAUUACACAGCUUGCAGACAAUUAUUGCAAAUGUUUUGUGCGAUCGUAUUCUUUCACGGUUCAGAAUAUGUACUUGCAAUGGCCAUUCAUGGAAAAUCAAGCAUAACAGUUAAGUCACUUUUAAUCAGUAAAAGCUAUAUCCUUGCAAUGGUUUGCUCACUGAUAGAGUACCUUAUGGAGGUUUAUUUCUUCCCGGGGCUAAAGGAACAUUGGUGGAUAAGUAAUCUUGGCCUUGCAAUGGUUGUUAUUGGUGAAAUCAUAAGGAAGUUGGCCAUUUUAACUGCUGGUCAAUCCUUCACUCAUCUUAUUAAGAUUUAUCACCAGGAGAAUCACAAAUUGGUGACGCAUGGAGUUUAUCAAUUUGUCCGCCACCCUGGUUAUAGUGGAUUCUUCAUCUGGGCUGUUGGCACUCAAUUUAUGCUUUGUAAUCCUCUAUCAACAGUCGCAUUUGCCAUUGUGGUUUGGCGCUUUUUUGCACUGCGGAUACCGUAUGAGGAGUUUUACUUGCGGCAGUUUUUUGGGUCCGAGUAUGAGGAUUAUGCUAGGCGAGUCCCCUCUGGGAUUCCAUUUGUAAAGUGAUGCAUUACAAUGUUUCAAUGGUUUUUUUUUUUACUGUUUUUUGUUGUAGUGUUAAUAGACAGGCUUGAGAUCCUGACACUGGGGGCAUAUGUACUUAAAACUUGGAAGGUUUUUCACUAGCUCCUCUUGGCUAUCUUGUAACUUGAUUUUGUUCUGCUUCUAUGUACAAUAGAUUGGCUGUUUCGGAAAACCAUUUCCAAAUGGAAAAUAUUUAGGCUGCAUUCUAUUGCUUCA